AUGUUUACGACGGACGAUUUGGGUCAAAGUUCCACUUUUCGCGAACUGAAAGCUAUUUAUUAUGUCUUGCUUUCUUUUGUUGAGCACCUCAAGCACAAGAGGGUUAAGAUUUUUACCGACAAUCAGAGUGCAGCCAGGAUAGUUUCCGUUGGUAGCUCUAAGGUCCAUCUUCAGUCGCUGGCUCUAAGCAUUUUUCGUUUUGUUUUUCACACGGUAUUGCUUUGGAAGCUCAGUGGAUUCCAAGGUCACUCAACGAGAGGGCUGAUCUUUUGAGCCGGUUCGCUGACAAGGAUGAUUGGCGUCUUAAUCCGUCCGUGUUUCGACUUGUAGAUGCCAAAUGGGGUCCCCACACCAUAGACCGCUUCGCUUCCUAUUAUAACGCUCAGCUUCCGCGUUUUAACUCUAAGUAUGCUUCACCUGGUUGCAGCGGUGUUGAUGCCCUGGUACAGGAUUGGAGUGGAGAGAAUAACUGGGUUUGCCCUCCGGUGGGUCUCGUCGUGGAGGCCGUUCGAGUUCUCACUGCUUGUUCCGGUCGCGGGACCUUGAUUAUUCCUGAAUGGCCGUCGGCCUAUUUUUGGCCUCUCUUACAUGAUGGGCCCUCACGGUUUCAGUCAUUCGUCAGGGAGUUUUUUUUGUGCUUCCCGCCAUAAAGGAUCUUAUUUUGGAAGGCCCAGGUCAGAGGCAGAUCUAUAAGUCUCACCCGUCCGUUUUUUCACGGUUGCCCAAAAUUCAGAAUGUUGGCUUUGCGCGUGGAUUUUGGGUGAGUUUUUCGUACUGUCACGGAUAGUGUUUUGAGCCUGAUUUGGCAUAUUUUGAGCCUGAUUUGGCGUAUUUUGAGCCUGAAUUGGCAUAGUUUGAGCCUGAUUUGGCAUAGUUUGAGCCUGACUUGGCAUAGUUUGAGCCUUUUUGGCGUGCUUUUGAGUCAAUGUGGUCUCGACACGUGUGUUUUGUGCCUACAUCGGUAUUUUUGCUGGAAUUGGUCAUUAGCGCAGUAAUUGUUUGAUUUUCACGAUAUUUUCUUUUCUUUCAGAUGUUCUGAGUUCCGGGAUUUGGCUUGAAGCAGCCUCAUUGUCCGAUUCCUCUUUGAGUGACAUGGUUCCAGGCCUUAUUAAUCUGCAAUUAGAUGCUAAGGCUCCGUCCACGGUGCUGAAGUACAAGUCUGGCUGGUUGAGGUGGCGCGAGUGGGCUCUGUCGAAGAUUGGUGUUCCCGUUAUUCCAGCAAAACCUUUGCAUAUCGCAUUGUUUAUCUCCGAGCUAGCUAAGCGUUCUUCCGAGAAUAACAUCGGUGUAUCUUCUAUAGAAUCUGCCGUUUAUGCUAUUAAGUGGGGCCACGCAAUGGCCGGUUUUGAGGCUUGUCCUGUUAGCCAUCCCUUAGUAAAGUUUGCGUUAGAAGGCGCCAAAAGAAGGCUUGCCCGACCUGUUCAGCCUAAGGAGCCGCUGUCGGUUAGCACCGUACAGGCGAUUGCUACGCAUUUUGCCUCAAGCGCUUCACUUUCCGAUCUUCGUUUUUAUUUAUUCUUUUAGUUGGUUUUGCAGGCUUUUUUCGCAUUGACGAGAUUAGGAAUAUAGCACUUCGUGAUGUCUCAAUACAUAGUGAUCAUAUGUCAGUUUAUUUACCUCAGCGCAAAAACGAUCAGUAUAGGGAAGGCCACACUGCUUUUCUCGCUAGAACCGGCAAGGUUACUUGUCCUGUAGCCGUGACCGAGCGGUUGAUUAAGCUUUUGCCACAGUCUUCCUCUGCGUUGCCUUUAGUUCGCAGAAUUGUCAAAGCCAAGUCUAAGGAGUAUUUUCAUUGUAGUUUGGGUGUUUCUGUUUCCACUUUUAGGGAGGAAUUUAAGAAGCAUAUCAGACCAUUUGUUAGUGAUAUUUCUAAGUACGGCACACAUAGUAUGAAGUCUGGCGCGGCUUCAAAUCCGGCUUGUAGGAAAAUAGCUGGCGACUUGUUAGAUAUUCAUGCUGGUUGGAGGUGUGAAUCCACUAAGCACAGAUAUAUUAAGCAUGAUCUUAGCGAGCGUUUAGCCGUAUCUAAGGAACUUUCCAUUUAG